ACGAAGACGUUCAAAAAUCUUGUGAGAAGGAUUCAGAUAAGGGCAGCCAGGAAAGAAAUGAUUUCACGGAGUCCACCACGUGCCUAAUUCCCCUAGCUAGAGUCCGCCGAAUCGUCAAGAAAGACCCGGAAAUCAAGUCAAUUGCAAGUGAUGCAUGCUUUUUAAUCGCUAAAGCGACUGAAAUAUUCAUAGAACACUUGGCUGUGCUCUCCUAUGCAGAAAUGAAAAAAGCUGGCCGAAAAAAUAACAUCCAAUACAAGGAUUUAUCAAAAGUAGUCAAAGAAGUGGAGGAAAUGGAAUUUUUGAAUGAUAUUAUUCCGGAGCAGUCAGAUAUAUGAUGUGGUCCACAAUUAGGGAGCCAUAUAAAUUCCAUCAAAGAUGAUACUAUCUGAAUGUUGGAGACUUUUUUGCAGAUCACCAAGCAGUUUUUUUAGGUAAACAUAAUUACAUCAGGAAGCUAGAUGUCCUCCGAACUGGGAAGGGAUAGCUUGUCAUAGAAUAAAAAAACUUAUAAAAAAAUAUGAAUGACUAUCAGAGUCAUCCCAAUCGCUUAUAUAAGACAACUCAGCAAAACUUUGCGCCCCCCCAUGCACAGCAGUAUCAGGCACAACAGCAAUGGUGGCAAACAUCACAGCAGCCCGGAUUCACUCCUUCUCAAGUUGACAACACUCAAGGUUGGGGCAAAUCAUAUGAGCAGGUACCUAGCACUUCUAACGUACCUCAUUCCACGCCAGGCGGAGGGUAUGGUCAAGAAAGUCAUCACGCAUCCAAUUCCUAUCAUAUGGAAUACGAUGCGCUCAAAGGCGGAGUGCCCUUCAUCAAUAGCCCAAUUGCCCAAAUAGGAUUUCAGCAGGCGUCAAACUUUGUUCAUUCUGUCAACCAUAGCUAUGUAUCAAGGUGGCUUGGCUCUCUGAGAUAUUAUUUCUCUGUCAACAACAGCUUUGUGUUGAAAAAAUUAUGUUUGCUUUUGUUUCCUUUCUUACACAAAAACUGGUCGAGAACUAUAGUACAACCUGUUGACCGAGACAUAUAUCUGCCACCUAGUUUAGAUAUCAAUGCACCAGACUUGUAUAUCCCUAGCAUGGCUUUCAUCACAUACGUCCUACUAGUGACAUUAUUCAUGGGACUGUCCGAGUCUGGAUUGAAACCAGAUGUUCUCGGUGUUACUGCCACAUCUGGACUCUUCAUGCUUAUGAUCGAAGUUUUACUCGUUAAAACUACAUUUUACCUUAUCUCGUGUCCAAUUGUUCCUAUUCUGGAUAUUUUAUCUUACUGUGGAUACAAAUUUGUCAACAUCUGUAUAAUGUUGAUAACUCGAAGAAUACAUCCUGCUGUAUUCUAUGUAUUAUUCUUCUAUCUUUCUGCAUGCAAUGCAAUCAUCAUGAUGAAGACACUAAGACUAGCCUUGCCACAUAGCAUCGAUGAACGGCACAGUACAAUGCGUAAUUACUUGAUAUUCAUCACAGCUGUUCUGCAAAUUGUUCUAUCAUUUAUUCUGUGCUACAUGCAUAAAAUAUAGUUAUAUUAUUUCAAUGAAAAAUCCAACUAUCAUAUGGGGAACAUAAAUUAAAAAAACGGUUUGAUGUG